AUGCCUGACAACGCUGAGUCGGAGUCCCCAGAAUCAGACUCACCGUCAAGAUCACGAUCCAGCAAGACAAUCUCCUCCUCGUAUCAGGCCACUCGUGUUCAGGAGAUCUCCAAACGGCAUAUACAGCCAGCGAUUCGCUCCUCUCCAUCUCUGAUCUAUCAACCGAACUCUCCUCUCGGCUCGGCGGGCUGCGCAACGAUCCUUCUCAACAUAGAUGUCCGACGCGUGCACCACUACGCCACGACUGUCCUCUGGCCCGGCUUCGGCCAUCAUAUCCUCUCAACCAACGAGACACUCACAUCAGCGUUCUUCCGGCUCAGCGUCACCGACGAACUCCUGCUCAACUCAUUCGUAUGGACCGCCGCCCUCGAAAUGUCGCUCCACCAUGACUCUUCGCCAGGCAGCGGGCCACGCAACAACAACAAAGCCAAUGCCGUCAUGCUCUCAUGUCAGAACAAAGCCGUCAAGUCUGUGCGCGAGCACAUCGAUGCCGGUACCGUCACUGACGCGGUAAUCUUCGCCGUGCUGGCGCUGACCAUCAGCGAGACGGACCCGACCAUUGUCGCGCACAACCAGGACAGACACAAAUGCUGCUUCGGCGGCUUCGACCCAGGGUUCCGCUCGCUCGGGUGGUUGGACUAUUUCUCGUACUUCCGCUGGGCCGAAACGCAUAUCAGUGCGCUCAAGCGCCUGGUCGCGGCACGCGGGGGACUGGAUAACAUCACCACACCCGGGAUCGCGGAACAGGUCCAGUCCACGGACAUUCUGCAGUCGAGUUUGACUAUGACGAGACCGAACUUCGCUCUGGGACCUCUGUACCGCCAUGUGCUGGAGCAUCAGGUCAAAAUGGUGCGACCGCCACGGGAGCGUGCUGCGGUGUUCGGAGGUGUCGACGACGAUCUCAAGGAUUUGUUGCUCGACAUGCGAAUGUACUGCUGCUUGAUCCAAAGUUCAUCCGAUGAGCGGCACGUCCAGAAUCUAGCCACGUCCUGGGAGACGAAUGUGUACCGGAACUUGAUCCAAUUCCAGCUAUUAUCGUUGCCGACAAUGCAGGGCGAGGCAGAACUGUGUCGUCUGGCGGCAUUGGCAUUCAGUUACGGCGUGAUUUAUCCUCUUGCAUGCCAUGGACCGCUCGAGAGUCUUGUCAAGCAGCUCAAAGGGGUAUUCGAGGACGAUACGACGAGCAUCUCCAAGCCAAGUGAGUUCCUGCUCUGGGUGGCUGUGAUGGGUGCGAUGGCCGCUUCGCACACGAGGGAUGAUGUCUUCUUUAUCGACAUGCUCAAAAUGCAGCUAAAGCGACGGGAAGUGGCCAGCUUUGAUCAACUCAAGAAAGUCAUGUCUAAGUUUCUUUGGCUCGGCGCUGCUUGCGACAGAGGUGCGCGCAGGCCUUGGAAGCAGGUCUGCAAUGUAAACGAGUCCUCGUUUGAGACAGGAUUGCGGAGAUGAGCUGUUGCUUUGACUGAGACAGGUUUUUAUUCUAUUUAG